AUGAUUAGGAAAUUCGGAUAUACGAAGAGAGAAUCUUUUAAAGAUAUGACGAAUACGGAUGCGCAGAAGAUUAUCACCCAUUUGGGAGAAUUGGAAUUUCCGACCUUUUAUAAGAUGAGCUUGCAGUUUGCUCUUUUUAAGACCUACGGAAUCCCCACAAUCUCCAAACUCCUCGUCGAUACCAAACAAUUCAGCUCCAAAGAAACAGCCAGCAAACGUUAUGCCGACACGGGGAUCUUAAUUGGAGAAUUUUGCUCUCAUCCUCCUCUUCAUCCACGCGUUCUAAAAUCUAUUUCCCGCAUGAAUUAUCUUCAUUCCGGAUAUCAAAAAGCGGGCAAAAUCUCCAACGAUGAUUUACUCUAUACUUUAAGUGUUUUCAUCACAGAACCCAUAAAUUGGAUUAAUAAGUAUGAAUGGAGAGAGCUAAACGAUAUGGAAAUAUGUGCAAUCUCUACUUUCUGGAAAGGAAUAGGCGAUGCGAUGGAAAUUUCCUAUCAUGUACUACCCAACUUCAACAGGUGGAGAGAUGGAAUAGAAUUCUACGAAGACAUUAAACACUGGGCUCAAGAAUACGAGGAAAAGUACAUGGUACCAAAUCCAUAUAACAAGAAAACAGCAGAUGAACUCGUCCCGCUCCUCCUAUUCCUUGUUCCAAAGUGGGCACUCUCAUUUGCGAACGAUGCCGUAGGAGUACUAAUGGGACCGCGUCUGAGAAACGCAAUGAUAUACCCCGAACCCUCACCUCUCCAUCAAUUCCUCACUCUCUUGCUCCUCCAAACUCGUCAAUUCAUCCUUCGUUACCUCUCACCCCCUCGACCGGAAUUCAUGCGUGUGAGAGAAAUAAGCCCAAGUGAUGAUAUAGGUAUAAACGAGAGAUUCCACUCUUCGAAUUAUUUAGUACAUCCGUAUUAUCAAAAUCCGGGUUGGUGGAAUAGAUGGGGUCCUAUGGCAAUAUUGACGAGGAUUUUGGGGGGAUAUGUUCCCGAUGGGAGGGAGGAGUGGAAGGCACGAGGGUAUAGGUUUGAGGAGGUGGGGCCGAGAGGGAAGGAAUGUAAGGGGUUGGAGGAGAUGAGGGGUUGGGAGGAGACCUUGGGGAGGGAGAGGAGGGGUGGGUGUUUGUUUGCUUUUGGUGGGGUGAGAUGA